AUGGAGACCUAUACUACUUGGUAUUAUCAUGGAGAACGAUUAGACCAAGCUUUGUCUUCAUACGUGACACGAGUGGAAACUGUUGAAUCUAAUGUGGAUCCUAGUGAACAAGUUAUGAAUAUUCUAAAUGACGUUUAUCCAUACGCCUCGAGCAACACCAAUCAGGAAGGGGGAGAUGACAGUCGUCCAACCAUGGACAAUGAGGCAUUCAAAAACUAUGAAAAACUAUUGAAAAAUGCGAAGCAAGAAUUAUAUCUGGGUUGCGAUAACUUUUCGGUGCUCACAGCAAUUGUGGAGUUUAUGCAUGGUAAGAUCAAGUUUCGUUUGUCAAACAAGUGCUUUGAUUACUUUUUGGGAGUUAUCAAGAGGAUGCUCCCAAAGGAGAAUUGUUUACCUGAAGAUCAUAAAAGUGCCCAAAAAGUGUUGAAGGGUCUCGGAUUGGGGUAUGAAAAAAUUCACGCAUGUGUAAAUAAUUGUAUAUUGUUCUAUAAAGAGAACAAACAGUUGGAUAAAUGCCCUGUCUGCAGUGAGUCGAGGUUUAAAGUGACAUCACAGAAUAGAAAGACCAAGAUUCCACAAAAAGUAAUGCGUUAUCUUCCAUUGAAGCCUAGGUUGCAGCAAUUGUACAUGUCGAUGCAUACCGCAACCGACAUGAGAUGGCAUAAAGAAGGACGGGUAAAUGACGAUGUUAUGAGGCAUCCUGCAGAUGGAGAGGCAUGGAAAGAAUUUGAUCGAAUGUACCCUAAUUUUGCAGCUGACCCGCGCAACGUCAGAUUGGGACUUGCCACCGACGGAUUUAAUCCGUUCGGGGUUUUAAACCAAAUCCACAGCACUUGGCCGGUCAUUGUUUUUCCUUAUAAUCUGCCGCCUUGGAAGUGCAUGAAAAAAGAAUACAUGAUGUUGACUCUAUUAAUUACCGAAGAUCCAGGAAAGUCCAUUGAUGUUUAUUUGCGGCCAUUGGUUGAUGAGCUAAAAGAUUUAUGGGAAAACGGUGUUCGUACGUACGAUAAGUAUACUGGGCAGAUGUUCACCAUGCGAGCGGCAGUGAUGUGGACAGUAAAAGAUUUUCCCGCGUAUGCAAUGGUUUAUGGGUGGAUGACUAAGGGUUAUUUGGCAUGUCCAAUAUGCAAGGAGAACGUAACAUCGUCCUGGCAUGCGAGAAAAGUUUGUUAUCUUGGUCAUCGUAGAUGGCUCCCUUGGGAUAAUGAGUGGCGUCAUAAUGAUAAAGCCUUCCAUGGCACAAAAGAUACUCAGCCAAGACCAAGAGAAUGGUCUGGAGAUGAGAUUUUGGAUCAGUUAAAUCGAUUGGAAUUCGGUCAUUUCGGCAAAGGGGUCAGUAAGCCCAGACCAACUACACAUCUGAACUGGAUGCACAAAAACAUUGAAGGAAAAAAGAAGGACAUGAUCGAAGCCCGCCUCGAUUUGGAACGAAUGGGCUUUAAAUCAUCCUUGUGGAUGAAGAGAGUCGAUGGUACAUUGAAGAAAAGCCAUCCAUUUUUUACAGUUAAGCCGAAUAGGAAGAAAGAGUUUUUCAACUUUAUUUCUUCUGUAAAGUUUCCAGAUGGGUAUGCUUCCAAUAUCUCGCAUUGCGUGAACUUGACUGCAAGGUGUUUGCGGAAAUCGGAUGUUAAACAAUUGCAGAACGACAUUGUGAAUGUCUUAUGCAAGUUCGAACAAAUAUUUCCCCCAGCUUUCUUUACAAGUAUGAUUCACGUGAUGAUUCACUUGCCAGAUGAGGCAUUGCUUGCCGGACCAGUGAACUGUCGAUGGAUGUAUCUAAUAGAAAGAUAUCUUGAUGUUGAGACAACUUUCAAUCGUUCUCAACGCAAUAAUGACGGUGGUGUCAAAAAAGAGAAACUGUCUGUUUUUGCCCAAAUUGCACAACCAUUUGGCGAUCCUGUAAAUGGCGAAUCGUUUACCAAAAAUGACAUGGAGGUAGCGCAUUGGUUCAUACUCAACAAUUGUGACAAUGCUUUGCCAUGCCUUGAAGAGCAUGAACAAUUGAUGAAGCGGGAACAUCCUUCACAUUUAUAUGCCAAGAAGCACCGUGACUUGUUUCUUUCGUGGUUUCACGCACAUAUGAACAAAUUGAAGGAAUUGAAUUCACCCUCUUACGAUUAA